ACAUAUCUUGAUUACUAUCUAACUGGAAAUAAUUUGUAAUGUCUUCCCAACUUUUGACGCUCCUCAUCAUCCUAUCUGCGGCUGUGAUCUACCACAUCCCCGUUGUGACUUGUAUUGAACCAUGGUGUGUGGCGUUGCCUGCAACCACACCAGAGCAGUUAGAAGCAAACAUUAAAUUUGCUUGCGAGAAAGUCGAUUGUUCCCCGAUCCAAUACGGUGGAUAUUGUUAUUACCCUAAUACUUUACUAGACCAUGCGUCAUUUGUCAUGGAUAUUUACUACCAGAGUCAUGGUCGCACUUUUAGUGCUUGUGACUUUAACCAUUCCGGCUACCUUAUUUAUUCCGACCCAAGUCAGGGCACGUGUAUCCAUUGACUUUAAUAAUAAUUCUAGGUGGCCGGGGCGCUAUGCGCUCAGCAGACGCCUAGACGACCGUAUGGACCGCCUAAACUCACAUAAUAUUAUUUUACUAUAUAUUUGUAAUACUUAUAUUUAAAUAUUUAAGUUCUAUAUUCAUAUACAUAUUUA